AGACACAUUUGGGUGCUGAGGGAGUGAGGCCGCGGGGGCUGGGAAGGGACUGGUGCAUGGGGGACAGCAGGCGAAGGUCACUCGGGAACCAGCCCAGCUCCGAGGCUGCGGGCAGGUCGGAAAGGGAGCAGGACGGCGACCCCCGUGGCCUCCAGAGCUCUGUGUACGAGAGCCGGCGGGUCACAGACCCCGAACGCCAGGACCUGGACAAUGCAGAGCUGGGACCAGAAGACCCAGAAGCGGAGCUUCCCCCCGAGGAGGUGGCCGGGGAGGAGUUCCCGGAGACCCUGGAUCCCAAAGAGGCACUUUCCGAGUUGGAGAGAGUCCUGGACAAGGACUUAGAAGAGGACAUUCCUGAAAUCGGCCGGCUGUCCAUCAGCCAGAAGCUCCCCAGCACCACCAUGGCCAAAGCAAGGAAGAGGAGGCGGCGGAGGAGGCUCAUGGAGCUGGCAGAGCCCAAGAUAAACUGGCAAGUCCUGAAAGACAGGAAGGGAUGCUGUGGUAAGGGCUAUGCCUGGAUUUCCCCAUGUAAGAUGACCUUACACUUCUGUCUCUGCUGGCCCUCUGUGUACUGGACCGAGCGGUUCCUUGAGGACACCACCCUCACCAUCACAGUGCCCGCGGUGUCCCGCCGAGUGGAGGAACUGUCUCGGCCCAAGAGAUUCUACCUGGAAUAUUACAACAACAACAGGACGACUCCUGUCUGGCCCAUUCCUCGGUCCUCCCUGGAAUACAGAGCGUCGAGUCGCCUGAAGGAACUGGCCGCCCCGAAGAUUCGUAAUAACUUCUGGAGCAUGCCCAUGUCUGAGGUGUCCCAGGUAUCCAGGGCAGCCCAAAUGGCAGUCCCCAGCUCACGGAUCCUCCAGUUGUCAAAGCCGAAGGCCCCAGCCACCCUGUUGGAAGAGUGGGACCCCAUGCCAAAACCCAAGCCACAUGUGUCAGACUAUAACCGCCUCCUUCACUUGGCCAGGCCCAAAGCUCAGUCGGACAAGUGCGUUCCUGACCGAGAUCCUCGCUGGGAGGUGCUGGAUGUCACCAAGAAGGUGGUGGCCAGCCCCCGGAUCAUCUCCCUGGCCAAGCCCAAAGUGCGGAAGGGCCUCAACGAGGGAUACAACCCCUAUUACAUCUCCCCGGCGUCCCUGGUGGCCCAGGCGUCCCCGCGCCUCUAUGAGCUUGCCACCCCCAAAAGCAUCACCAGAAAAGUGUGAUCAGCCCAGGCCUGGCCUCUAAGACCUCCGCUCCCAGUAAACACCCUCAGGCACCCUAACCCUGUGUGUGUGAUUAUUCUCAGCUUUUUGGCCUGGAGAAGGGAGGGCGGGCUGGAAGGCCAAAAGAAGGAUGAGGAGGACAAUAAUAUUUAUUUUUGCAUCCA